AUGUGCCCUAAAAAGUUGAACUAUGCUGCUGGAGAUGAUUUGAUGCUAUAUGCGACGCCCAAAGAAGCCAUGAGAGAAAGCAGACGUCGUAUGGAGGAGGAGAAGCAAAAGAGACAGCAGAAGUACGAGAUGAGGAUGGCUCCUAAUCAAAGAGUGGAUCCAACUAUGCACAAUGCUCCCCUUCCCCUGCCGAUUACACACGCUUCUCCAAUCGUGAACAAUUCGAUGCAGCAUCCGCAUAAUUCAGCUCCAUACUAUGAUCCAAGGCAAAAUAUACCGUCUGGACUUCCUGUACAGAUAAAAAGGACGAGUCCGACCAGUCGCGCAACGCAAAGAGCAAGGCCUCCACCUAUUUCCUCCCAACCUUCUAUGACGCCACCUCCACAACGUAUCAUGAGUUCUCCUUCAACACUGAACUCUCCGGCAACGGUUAAUACGGCAAGAAGCUCACAAGAAGUUCUGGAGGAAUCAAAAGAUCUUCAGAUUGCUACACAACUUUUUGCGAAUCAUGAUAUAAGAGGAAAGGGAAGAUUAACACCUGAAGAGUUGCAAAAUCUCUUGCAAAAUGAUGAUAGUUCUCAUUUUUGCAUAUCGGCAAUCGAUGCUUUGAUUAAUUUAUUUGGUGCUUCACGAUUUGGAACCAUAAAUCAAGCAGAAUUUAUUUCCUUGUAUAAAAGGGUUAAAAAUUGGAGGAAAGUAUAUGUGGAUAAUGAUAUAAACGGAUCAUUUACUAUAUCUGUAAGUGAAUUUCAUAACUCCUUGCAGGAGCUUGGAUAUCAGGUUCCAUUCGAAGUUAGUGAGCGGCUUUUUGAUCAGUAUGCAGAGUUCAUGAAUCAAACUGUAAACGGAAAGGAAUUAAAAUUUGAUAAAUUUGUUGAGGCCCUAGUCUGGCUGAUGCGGCUUACAAAAGUCUUUAGAAAAUUUGAUUAUGGUCAGGAAGGUGUGGCCACUAUUCAUUACAAAGAUUUUAUUGAUGAGACAUUGUAUUUAGGACGUUUUCUACCACGUUGA